AUGACAUGUGGAGGCUGCUCUGGAGCUGUCACCCGUGUGCUGAAUAAAAAAGGUACACAACAUCAAUUUUCUCCUUCCACAUCAAAACAAAAUCAAGAGAAAAGGUUAUGAGAGUAAAUCAACUGAUCACCUAAGUGAAAACACAUUGGUCUUUCUUGAAAUUCUCUGAAGUAGUUCUUCAAAGAAAUAUAUGGAGGUUGAUAUGGAGAAUUUGUAUGUGGAUCUUGGGGCUUAAAGAGAUAAGGUGUUUUUCAAUUUCAAAGUUAGCUUAUAGGGCACUGUGAUCAGAUGUAAUCUAACCAUUUCAGCCUGGCCGAGUGGUUAGACUGCCGAAGUUGCAAUUCAGAGGCCCCAAGUUCAAGUCUCAUUGUGACCACUAGCUAAAUUUGUUCAGGAUAGUCCCGAGUUUAAAUCCUCAGCCAUGCUUGUAAAUAGCUGGCUGGUUUCCGUCCAGCCAUUUAGGAAUCUUGAUGCUGUUAUGUUUGAUUUAAAUUAUUUGUUUCAUGCAUUUGCUCAGCCGCAUUAGCAUUAAUGCUAUAAAUUCAGCGGAGGAUAAAUAACAGUAUUAUCAUUAUUGUUACUUGUAAUCUUCUCUUUUUUUUUACCAGGGGGUAUUGACAACAUUGAAAUUGACAUGGAAAAACAGCGAGUGUAUGUAACAUCUGCUCUGUCUUCUGACGAGUUGUUGGAAACCAUAAAAAAAGCUGGAAAAACCUGUUCUUACGUAGGCACUGGUUAA